ACUUUGCCAAAAUAAUGAGGAAACGUGCUUUGAUGGUGAUGCAACAACAAUAUCAACAACAAUCGAUGACCACAGAAUUAUCAUCGAAGGUCCAUUCCAACAUUAAUCAUAAUACACCGAUUUAUAGGAAUGCCGGUAUUCAUGACCCAAAUCUGGCUUCAGUGCCAACUCCUGGGGCAUCCGACACAGAAAGGGAGAGUUCUCCUAGCAAAAGAACGCGAGUUAAUGCUAGUUGA